UAACGAUUUAUCGCCGAGCUUCUGGCAUGGUCAGGUAGAAGUAGACUUACUAAUAGCAGGGGAAAAGCAACCAAGUAUGGCGAGCCCCUGGCCAGCGGAAACCUCUCACCCAGUCAGGGCUCGAUCCCUCGGCAAACGGCAAGCGGCAAGCGGCCGCUGCAGUCCCGCUGAUUUGCAGGUCUGUUUUGAAGGCUCAGCCUUUACUUGGCAAGCAACGAGGUGGUGCCUGAAAGUAGCUCUCGGCAUCGACAAGACGCACUGAAGGCGGG